AUGGAAAGUUACACAACUAACAACAGCAGCAGCACAAGUUCAAAAAAAAAAUGGCAUCAUUACCUUCCUUUACAUCCUAUUUUCAAACAAGACAUACAUAUUGAAAAUGAUACAAAAAAAAAAUCAUCGCUUAAAGUCAUAGAGCGACUACGAGGAAAACGUUCAUGUAUCGUCACAGCCGCGAAACUACUUUUCGUUGCAGUAGGCAAUCAAAUCCGUGUUUUAAAUAUAUCUGAUUUUUAUUACGCGUGGUUUAAAGCAUGUGAAAAUGGUGAGCUUGAACAGACGGAAGCGUGGAUGCAGAAUGCAAAGUAUUUGACACUAAAAACUCCGGCCAUCAAUUUCCAAAUUUACGCCCUUGUCAUGAACUACGCCGAGAAAAGCAACUUUAUAGCUGUAGUAGGUGUCUCGGAAUUGGCCGUGAUUAAAUUGAAAGAAGAUAUUCCUAAUUAUUCUGAGAUGUCUUGCACUACACAUUUAGUUGGUCCUUUUCAUCAUGUCAUCGGAGGAAGCCCGAUCUGCAAAGUAUUAUGGCAUUCACUAAGCAGGAAUGGAUCUCAUUUAAUGGUAUUGACUACAGACGGAAAUUUAAGAAUGUACGAUAUCUUCACAAACUACAAUGAACCUAUACAAGUAUUCCAAGUGGUCGAAUCAUCAAAAACGCGCAAUGGGUAUGGGUGUAACCUAGACGAUGAACCCGAGGCAGCUUCUUUCUGUUUUGGACAAAGUGCCUCCAAUAUAUGGGGUCCUUUUACCGUCUACAUCCUGAUGAAAAAUUCUGAUAUAUAUUCAUUUUGUCCGGUCACGCCUGACAAGAUGACUUGCCAAGUAUCCCAUCUCCAAAAACUAGCCUCAUUGAUCUCUUCUAAUUGCCAAAAAGUUAUUCCCGGAAUCAAAGGAAAAGAAAAGUACGGAGAUAUUUCAUGGGUACAUCAACGCCAAUUAGAAUGGAUUUCUAAAAUUACAAGCCAAAUUCCUGAAGGUUGUGAGCCCGAUAAAAAAGUGGAUAUUGAUCUGACAUCAAAUAUACAUGGGCAACCACAACGUCAGGGACCUUAUUUACUACAACCUUCCCCGAUCGAAUUGUCGUUAAUGGACUGUCCGGAUGCUAGUGAUAUACUAUGUUUGAAUACAAAGUAUAUGAAUGUGUUUGUGCUAGUAUUUGAGCAUGGCAAAGUAGAUAUUUGUCUUGAAGAUGAUAAAGUUCAGGGAUGCUGGAAAAAUCCGGAUUAUUUAUGUUCACAGGAAAACCAAUAUCCAAGAUUAAUUGUUUAUGAAUGCAUUGAUCUUGGUCUGAGCAAACCCUUUCGUCAGAGAACAGUCUCAUCUGUCAAGGACAAAACUAUGUUGCUGGACCCGCCAAGUCUUUUACCAGAUCUAAAUUAUCGAGACACAUUUUACGUCUAUCAUGCGGCAGGUGCCCACGCGAUAAUAAUUAGAAAAUGGCUGGAAAAGAUAAAUAGGCUGUUGGGUGAUGGUUUACACGAUGAUGAUCUAGACGAUGAAGAUACGAGAUCAGAAGUUCGGUGGCUUGCAACUACUAAUCCAACUACCACGCCUGAUCCUAUAAUUGGUUUCUGCGUAAUGAAUCACUUGCUGCUGGGAUUCUUUAUGUUCAUAGUUACAGCCGGUGGCCAAAUGUGGAGUCACGAGCUAACAACUCGCAAAUCAAUAAAGCAAAAAAAUUUGGAGGAUGAAAACACAUCCACCAUCCGCCCCACCCCAUCCAAAUUACCAGCGUACGCGAAAACAACGAUACCUGACUUUAUCAACAAAUAUAUUUCAUAUCAAGGAUUACCUCGACAACCGUUUAUUCUUCCUUCUGGUGGCAGAUCAAGUCCAUACAACUAUCAAAAUAGUGGAGCGACAGCGUCGCUCUAUCAAAAGAUUAUUAAAGAUUAUAAGAAAGAGAUAUUCGAGAUAUUGGAAGGUGUUAAAUAUUUUCAAGAAAGAUGUAUGUCCCACAUGCAAGAUGUUCAACGACAACACAAUGACUUGCUCAAAUAUGAAAACGAAUGUCAAGAAAUAGAUCAUAAAUUCAAACACAUAACAAUGGAGCGCCUCGAUAAAAUAAAAGAUCGACAAGAGGAAAUCACUAAACGAGUCAGCGCGUUAUUCCAAGAACUGUGGUAUGACCAGUUGUCGAUUUACGAUGAUCUGGGGAAAAAGGAUGUUCGGGAACUUGGCGAGAUAAGUAAAGAGAACGAGGACGUGAAGUUGAAAGUUCAAAAACUUGUAGCUCAAAACAAUAGUCUAUUAAACGAUUACAAAUUACUCUCAUUCCCGCAUCAAAAAAACGAAACAUUUACAAGAAGCGCACGCAUGCAACUCCAAAAAGCCGUUUCUGAAGAAACCAAACUCGUAUCUGAGACCAAGGAGAGAAUCGAGGAAAUGAGCCAGCAGUUGUCCCAGUUGGUUAUUUCGGGCGCUGUUAAAGGGGAUCACAAUUCUCUUGAAAGUGAUGAUAUGGUGAUUUCUAAACAGGCAACAGCUAAAUGA